UUCAUCCAUGUCCUGUUUUUAGCUUUGGCUCCAACUCCCAAACUCGUACACCAUCGCAGUGAAAUCGAGGACCUCCGUCCAAACCCUCAUUGCUUUCUUAAUGUUUCUUCACUGAAGGAGAGAUAAUGGAGGAGAUUUAGGGUUGCCAGCCAACCUUCGCUCUUGGAUUGGCCACGGUCUCGGCGGCCUUGGAGAUCACUGUACGUAGAUCUGGUGAAAAGUGGCUGCUUUUUCGCUGAAAUCGAUUUAGAUUAAGGAUUAUUAAAACCGUACUUCUCAGCUGGUGUUGUUGCUGAAAUUAUCAAAAAAAAAUGGAAUAGAUUUUGGGAUUUCUCUGGAUAAUAUUGGUAUCCAAGAAAGAAGUAGGAAAUGGCGUCAUGGGAUCAGCUCGGGGAGCUGGCGAAUGUGGCGCAGCUGACAGGAUUUGAUGCUGUACGGCUGAUCGGAAUGAUUGUGCAGGCGGCUAAUACGGCGCGAAUGCACAAGAGGAACUGUCGCCAGUUUGCACAGCACCUGAAGCUUAUUGGGAACUUGUUGGAGCAACUCAAGAUCUCGGAGCUCAAGAGGUACCCUGAGACACGGGAGCCAUUGGAGCAGCUUGAGGACGCCCUCCGGAGGUCAUAUGUAUUGGUUGAUAGCUGCCAGAAUAGGAGCUAUUUGUAUCUGCUGGCCAUGGGUUGGAACAUUGUGUAUCAGUUCAGGAAGGCGCAGAACGAGAUUGAUAGGUAUCUCAAAAUUGUGCCUCUGAUCACUCUUGUGGACAAUUCCCGGGUCAGGGAAAAGCUGGAGUAUAUUGAGAGGGAUGAGCGUGAAUAUACAUUUGAUGAUGAGGACAAAAAGAUUCAAGAUAUGAUACUUAAUCCAGAUCCUUCAAGAAAUCAAAGUAUGGAGCUGAAGAAGUCUCUUUCAACUACUUAUCCAAAUUUGCCUUUCAAUGAAGCCCUUCAAAAAGAGAAUGCAAAACUUCAGCUAGAAUUACAAAGAUCACAAGCUAACAUGGAUGUUGGUCAGUGUGAAGUGAUUCAACAUUUAAUCGGAGUGACAGAAACUGUGGCUAGUUCACUUCCUGAUAAAGAUACGCAAAAUUCUAAGAAAUCAGAGCCAAAUCAUUCAGAUGCUGGUAAUGAUAAAGUGGACAGCUAUGCUGGUAAUCAUAAAAGGCAACACCAUGAGACUUAUGUGCCGUCAAGAGAUUCCUCUCCAGUUUCGUCUGGUCGUGACUUGAUUUCAAGUAAAAGAUCAUAUAGCCAUGGAGAAUGGCAUACUGAUUUGCUUGAUUGUUGUGCAGAACCUUACUUAUGUAUGAAGACUUUCUUUUACCCUUGUGGCACAUUUGCUAGGAUCGCUACAGUGGCCAAAAAGAGAUACAUUUCUUCUGCAGAAACCUGUAAUGACCUGAUGGCUUAUUCGCUGAUACUGUCAUGUUGCUGUUACACUUGUAAUGUCCGAAUGAAGUUGCGUCAGAUGUUGGACAUCAAGGGAGGGUUUUGUGAUGAUUUCCUUUCUCAUUUGAUGUGUUGUUGCUGUGCCCUUGUUCAAGAAUGGCGAGAAGUGGAGAUUCGCGGUAUUAAUGGAACAACCCAUGCUUGGUUAGUGUGCCUGGUGAGUCUGGGUUCUUUUUGACAUGUUUGAAUGGCUGAAGAGUUGACUGACCUGGAGGUUUUUCUCUGGCGUGUGGUAUUUGUUGGGUGUACAUAUUACAUGACUGAGUUAGACUCAUCACUCAUGUUCAAAUAAUAUGUAUAAUUAUGAUGACAUUUGUUUAUUCAUAAUUUGAAAUUGGGAAUUGUUUCAAAUUAUGUGGAUAAUUAUGAUGGGAUUUGUUUU